AUGCGGGCUGUCCUGCGGGCUGUCCUGCUGGCUCUGCUCUCAGUGCCUAGGACCCAGGCAGUGUGGCUGGGGAGGCUGGACCCUAAGCAGCUGCUGGGGUCCUGGUAUGUUCUUGCCGUGGCCUCAGGUGAGAAGGGCUUUGCGCUGGAGAAGGCCACGAAGAACAUCGAGGGCGUCAUGGUGACCCUUACUCCAGAAAACAACCUGAAAAUGCUGUCCUCCAGGCACAGGCUGGAGAGGUGUGACGUGAACGUGGUGGAGCUGCUGAGACAGAGCUCUGGAUGGGUGUUUGAGAACCCCUCCCUGGGCGUGCUGGACUACCGGGUGCUGGGCACCAACUUCAGGGACUACGCCAUUGUGUUCACCCAGCUGGAGUUCAAGGACGAGGCGUUCAACACCGUGGAGCUGUAUAGCCGGACGGAGCUGGCCAGCCAGGAGGCCCUGCGCCUCUUUGCUAGGUGGAGCAAGGGCCUGGGCUUCCUGUCUCAGCAACAGGCCACACUGCAGCCGGACCCCACCUGUGCUCACAAGGCUUUCUAG